CCAUGACGGAUCCUCCAGUGUCAUCUCAAGCGGCCACCAGCACAGCUCCUUGGCGAAAUUCAUCGACUUCAUCCUCGUCGCCCACGCCACAGACACCAUUGGAUGUAUGGAACCAUGCGCUUCAAGCAGUGGCUGCGCUGACUCCGGAAGCCCGUCAAGCCCUCACUUCGAUGCUCGUCUACUACGACUAUGCGGUACCUCCCCCAAUGGAAUACCGCCGAGAGGCCAUGCAGAUGUUCCAGAUGUUUCAAAUGUUUCAAAGUUUGCAAGGUGGCGGGUCGGGCGCAGGCUCACCAAGCGCAGGCAAUGGGGCAAACCUCCUCACCAACCUGCAGGUCUUUGGCAACAAAGGCAGCGUGACCAUGACACCAUCCCCUGCGAACAGAUUGACCACGGACCCGCCCGCCAGCCCCGCCAAAGCAGCAACCGUAGCUGCCCAUGGGGAGUCGCAGACUGAUUCACAGGAACAAUCGCCCAAAGGCUUGGAAUUGGUUCUGCCACUCACCAAACAGGUGAUUUCGCCAGAAGAGCAGCUUUCUUGGGUCAAGACAGCCACGGCGGAGAGGCAGGCUGCAAAGGAAGAAGCCAAACAGGCAGAAGCUGCAGCAGAGCAGCCUGAAAAGAAAGGGAAAGCACAGGCCAAAGGAAAGGCCAAGGCAAAGGGGAAAUCUGGCGCCAAAGCCAAGGCUUCCACGAAGAGACAAGCAGAGACUGAAGAAGUCUCUCGGCCUAAAGCCAAAGCAAAGGCAAGUGCUGACAGAAAGAUUUGGUCCAAGGAGGAUCCGCCGCCCGUGCCUGCUCCGAAGAGUGGAACGACGUGGUACCGGCGUGGGAAGAUUCACCGGAACUCGGGGGCUUUCAGGGUCUUUUUGAACGGCGGUGAUCGCUGUGACAAGAAAGUGAAGAUCCUGGACGAAGAGAAUUGCGGCGCUGAGUGGCAGCGAGCCUUGCAGUUAAUCGAUGAAGCGCCGGAGGAUGUGGAGUGA